AUGUAUAGAUCGAAGAAGUCAGGUGGGCGGGCUGCGUCGUCCGCGACGGCUACGACGGACCCGGUUGGCACGGUGCGGGAGGAGACCACGCCGGAGGCCGCCUCAGAGGUUGCUACUGCAACGGCCGUCAUGGCCUUCAAGGCGCGACUGAUGGCACCGUUUAUGCUGUACGAUCGGAUGCUGCGGCAGGUGGUGCCGAAUGCCGCACACGACCGUCAUUACCGCUCGGAGGUGUCUCGUGUGCAGGGCGUUAUUAUUCGCCAGAUCCGGCAUGCGCUCGAUCAAGAGCACAGCACAACACCCAAGGAGAUGCUUUACGCGGUUCAAAAAAGUAUUCUGCUUGCCUAUGCCUCGUGUGCCGUAUCUAGCGAUACGGAAGCGCUUGUGCCACUGAGCUCUGAUGAGGAAGCGAUGGAGUUUGUCACGCGGCUAGAGAGCUUUUUUGGGGAAAGGAACGCCUCUGCCAAGGCAGUGGCGUCGCUUGCAGCUGUACUCUCGACUGGCAUUGUGCGUGACUGCUACAAGGAGGCGUGCAAUCGCCUGGAGGCAAGGCUCGCAGUGGAGGGACAGUCCCACGCGGGGAAGCCACGUACAACGGAGAGAAACCUCGCCCUAGAAGCCACAAGAAAGAACACGCAGGAUCUUCUUCAACUUCGAGGUGCGUUGGUGACGGCGUUUGAAGCUAUCAGUACGCCUUUUAAUGAAAAUGGAACCACACCAAUGCCAAACAGCGCCACAGCGGAUGCGACAACGGCGGUGCUCACGGUUGAGGCCUAUUACAAUCUUUUGGGUUGGGCGCUUAUGAUGCAGCCGGAGCGUCUUGGCCUAAAGGCGGCCCAUUCCACCCCGACGCUGUACCAAGAACCUCAAGCCGCAGAGAAGUUAUUUGCCAAAGUGACCUUGUAUGAUCCCGCGACCGGUAUGAUUGUCAUUGAGCGCAAGAAUGUUGCCUCCAAGUGGGGUAUAAUGCUAAAUGCGUCAGGUGCCUUGAUUGGUGUAGAAAAUUCAUUGCGAAACUCCACCACUGCAGGGGGCGCGUUGUAUCAUGCUCUCCAGCAAAGAAAGAAGGGAUUGCCUAUUUUCGCCAUCAACGACGUGCACAUUGGCAGUGCCGAGGAAGAGGAAAAGGGGGGGAUCGAGGAGGCCCGCGCCAACACAAAGGCCCUUCGAUUAGAAAGGAUACGAGGGGCGCUUCAGCAGUCGGAUUGCGUUAUUUCGCUACGCGUGGCAACGGUGACAACACUGGGCGAACCACAGGAAGUUGCCUUUGACAUCAUCCAACAGGGAGGGGAGGACGCCGCUGGGCAGCAGGCAGCACUCAUUCUAAAGCGGCCAUCCACCGAAGUGCCGUGGCAACUUCAGAUGCAGAUAUAUGCCGAGAGCGUAUUUGUUCUGGAUGGAUUUGCCGAAUCUCUUCCGCUUUCCAAGGCAGCCAAAGAGUUUCUGUGCACUCAUCGUGGACAUAUACUCAUUAUGCAAGUUAAUGGGUGCAACGCAACGCACGGUGACCUCAUCAUGGACGUGAUUCGCAGUUCAUUGUACCUGGUACUGCGGCUACGAGUCGUGAGCGAUAUGGGGGAGAUCGCGUCGGAGACAACCGCCAAACAAGAAGCUGAAGCAACGGAGCCAGUGCAGCAAGCAGAAGAAGCGCUGGAGGCUGCAUCGGCUGUGGCAGUUUCCCACGAAGAGCGGGAAAUGGCAGGGGAUGAGGAAGCUGAAGUGGCUCAACACCGGGCGCUGUUGGAGGAGCACAACAUUCACCCAGAUGAGCCACUACCGGAGGUUGAGGAACUGGAGGAGGCGGCGACGCCGCUGCCCAAGAAGAAGGGGCGUUCGCGGAAGUUGGACGUGGCAGAGGUGGCGAUGAAUGACAUGGCGGUACCAGAAGAGGCGGAGGAGCUGCCCACGGCAGUGACGGAACUGGAGGAGGAGGCGGCGACGGCCCUGCCCAAGAAGAAGGGGCGUCCGCGGAAGUUGGACGCGGCAGAGGUGGCGAUGAAUGACAUGGCGGUACCAGAAGAGGCGGAGGAGCUGCCCACGGCAGUGACGGAACUGGAGGAGGAGGAGGCGGCGACGGCCCUGCCCAAGAGAAGGGGCGUUCGCGGA